GGCGGCGGCCCCCGGCCCCGGGCCCCGGCGCGGCGCGGGCGGCAGCAUGGUGGAGAAGCGCUGCCCGCUGCAGAGGGACGGCGUGUACCGCUGGUUCUCGGAGCUGCCGUCGCCGCAGCGCGUGGAGUUCCUGUGCGGCCUGCUGGACCUGUGCAUCCCGCUCGAGCUGCGCUUCCUCGGCUCGUGCCUCGAGGACCUGGCCCGCAAGGACUACCAUUCGCUGCGCGACUCGGAGAUCAAGGCCAACAACCCGGCCGACCUGGGCAGCCUCACCAACCUGACGGACGAGGUGGUGCGCAGCAAGCUGCUCGUGUCGCUGGCGCUGCUGGGCUCGGAGCAGCGCGAGGCGGCGGGCGUGCUUUACCGCACGCUCACGCACAUCGACUCCAUCAUCCACAACUACGGGCUGCAGCUCAACGAGGGCCGCACGGGCGAUGAGUUCCUGCUGCUCUUCACCAUGGCCUCCAACCACCCGGCCUUCAGCUUCCACCAGAAGCAGGUGCUGCGCCAGGAGCUCACGCAGAUCCAGAGCAGCCUGAGCGGCGGCGGCGGCGGGGGCCCCGCGGGCAAGAGCGCGCUGCCCACCUGCCCGGCCUGCCACAAGGUCACUCCAAGAACCGAGACCCCUGUCAACAGUGUCAGUAAUAGUUUGGAGAAUGCACUGCAUACAUCAGCACAUUCCACUGAGGAGUCGCUGCCCAAGAGGCCUGUAGGAAAACACUCCAAAGUGAGUGUUGAAAAGAUAGACCUGAAGGGAUUAUCACACAAAAAAAAUGAAAGAAAUGUUGAAUGUUCCUUUGAGGUCUUGUGGUCUGAUUCUUCAAUAACAUCAGUAACCAAAUCUUCCUCUGAAGUGACUGAAUUUAUUUCAAAGUUAUCUCAGCUGUACCCAGAAGAAAAUUUGGAGAAAUUCAUUCCUUGCUUAGCUGGCCCAGAUUCGUUUUACGUAGAGCGAAACCACAUGGAUCUGGAAGCGGACCUGAGGUAUUUGGCUUCAUUACCUUCUCACGUAUUAAAAAAUGACCAUGUUAAGAAAUUUUUCAGCACUUCAUCUCCCACCCAACAGCUUCAAAGUCCAAGUCCUGGCAACCCUGCCCUUUCUAAAGUUGGUACCGUCAUGGGAGUGUCUGGAAGGCCUGUGUGCGGAGUGGCUGGCAUCCCGUCCUCUCAGAGCAGCGCCCAGCAUCACAUGCAGCACGCGGCCAGCGCGGCCGCCUUGCCCCACUGCUCCCACACUGGGGGCACAGGCUCGGCGCUGGCCUACCGGACCCAGAUGGACACCUCGCCUGCCAUCUUAAUGCCUUCCAGUCUGCAGACCCCUCAGACCCAGGAGCAGAAUGGAAUUUUAGAUUGGCUUAGGAAGCUGCGUUUGCACAAGUACUACCCUGUCUUUAAACAGCUCACCAUGGAGAAGUUUCUGAGCCUUACUGAAGAAGACCUAAAUAAAUUUGAAUCCCUCACCAUGGGAGCAAAGAAAAAACUGAAGACUCAACUGGAGCUGGAGAAGGAGAAGUCAGAGAAACGGUGCCUGAACCCCUCAGCCCCAGCCCCGGUCACCAGCAGUGGAGUGGCCCGCGUCCCCCCGACCAGCCACGUGGGGCCCGUGCAGGCUGUGAGAGGCAGCCACGCUGCAGCGCUGCGGGUGGAAGUGGAGCAGCCCUCUCACCAGCCGGCCCGGGAAGGCAGCUCCUCGGAGUGCUCCAGCUCCUCCCCAAGCCCGAUGGGGGUGCAGGCCCGGGAGGAGAGCUCAGACAGCGCUGAGGAGAACGACAGACGUGUGGAGAUCCACUUGGAGGGCUCCGACAAGGAGAAGCCCGUGAUGCUCCUCAAUCAUUUCACUUCAAGUUCCGCCAGACCCACGGCCCAGGUUCUCCCUGUGCAGAACGAGGCAGGCUCCAACCCGGCAGGCCACCACCCCCUGCCUCCGCAGAUGAUGACCGCAGCCUCGCACAUCGCACCCAUCCGAAUGCUGAAUUCUGUGCACAAAUCGGAAAGGGGCGGCGCGGACAUGAAGCUCCUCUCGUCCUCUAUGCACUCGCUGCUGUCUCUGGAAGAAAGGAGUAAAGUCUCCGGACCAAGAAGCGGCAUCAAAGUGGACAAGAGCUUUGGCAGCGCCAUGAUGGACGUGCUACCUGCGGCCGCCGCCCCGCAGCCCAUGCAGGUCCUCUCUGGACUUGCCGAGAGCAGCUCUGUGUCACCCACCGUCUCCUUUGGUCCCCGCGCCAAAGUCGUCCACGCAUCCGCGCUGGACAGGGUGAUGAAGCCGGCCCCACAGCCGGCCCUGGUGGUAGAGACGAGCACGGCAGCUGCGGGGACAUCGAGCACCGUCUUCCACGUGGCACGGCCACCCAUCAAACUUCUGGUGUCGUCAUCUGUCCCUGCGGAUUCUGCCAUUUCUGGGCAAACUUCCUGUUCUAAUAACGUGCAAAUAAGCGUGCCCCCUGCAAUAAUAAACCCCCGGACUGCUCUGUACACAGCCAACACCAAAGCUGCCUUCUCUGCGAUGAGCAGUGUGCCCGUGGGCCCCCUGCAGGGCAGCUUCUGUGCAAACAGCAACACUGCCUCCUCCAGUAGCCACCCUUCCACCUCCUUUGCGAACAUGGCCACUGUGCCCAGCUGCCCGGCCCCCAGCUCCAGCCCUGCGCUCUCCUCGGUCCCUGAAAGCAGUUUCUACAGCAGCAGCGGCGGCGGCGGCUCCCCUGGCAACAUUCCUGCCUCCGCUCAGAACCACCACCACCACCACCACCAUCAGCAGCAGCCGGCGCCCCAGCAGCCCGCGCCCGGCCCGCCGCCCGGCUGCGUCGUGUGCACGUCAUGCGGCUGCAGCGGGAGCUGCGGCUCGAGCGGCCUGACCGUCAGCUACGCCAACUAUUUCCAGCACCCGUUCUCGGGGCCGUCCGUCUUCCCCUUCCCCUUCCUGCCCUUCAGCCCCGUGUGCGGCAGCGGCUACGUGGGCGCCCAGCAGUACGGCAGCGGCGCCUUCCCAGUUGUGCACUCGCCCUACAGCGGCAGCGUGCCGCCCGAGCCCGUGCUGGGCGGCCAGUCCACGUUCGCCGUCCCGCCCAUGCAGAACUUCAUGGCCGGGGCGGCGGGUGUGUACCAGGCCCAGGGCUUGGUGGGCAGUAGCAACGGUUCCAGUCACAAAAAGAGUGGGAAUCUCUCCUGUUACAACUGUGGGGCCACCGGUCACCGCGCUCAGGACUGCAAGCAGCCGUCCAUGGACUUCAAUCGGCAAGGUACUUUUAGGUUGAAAUAUGCCCCUCCAGCAGAAAGUCUGGACUCCACAGAUUGAUAUUUUUCUCUGGCAACAGAACACUAUUAAGCCAUGGAGACAUAAGGAAAAUUAAAUACAAAACCGAGAAGUCUAGUUGCUGUUGAGCUUAAUAUUUUUAAUCCAAAGGUGCUUUACUUUACUAGGCUGGAUAGAGAACCUAGUGUAGGAGUGCAACUGUUUUAUUGCCAAAAUCCUAGACCGGAGCUUGAUGUCAGGACUCGCCUAGGGUCUCUCCGCGGUGGGGGACAUUGGCCACCUCCACCCUUGGUCGCAGUGCAGAGCUCCCGUCCCCCGAAGAGCGUUGCCGGGGUCAGUCCUUCUAGGCUCACACGCAGUUCCAGGGCAGCUACGAGAGUGGACUCGAGAGCCGAAGGUGGGAGUUCUCCGGGUGGAGCGCCAUCAGGCGGACUCUCGACACCCCUGGGUGAGGGAAAAUGUCGCCCUUGUUUUGUGUUUUGUUUUGUUCCGUUCCUGAAGUGGGUAGGCACUAAUCUCUGGGCUUUUUAAGGAUUGCACUACCGAAGAAUGUAAACCGAUGUCAGUCCCUGCAACUCUGGGAGACAAACUCCUGAGGCCAGCCGGUGCAGGACACUCAGAGAGGCCGUUUUCAGAGCGUCGGCACCAGCAGGCUACGUGACUUAGUACACAACAGAGAUUUCAGUAUUUCUUUCCCUCCUUAAAACACUUGUAGCAGUUUCAGGUUUUUAAUUUUUUUCUGCAAAUAAAUUUAAACUACAUCAUUAAAUAGAAAUAGUUACUCGCAACAACUUAAUUUCUAAGGGUCCAAGUCCCAGAGAAUCCCGAGUUGUCAGAGCUUUCAGAAUCCCCUCCUUCCCAGCCCUUCAGUAGCUUUGCAUCCUGUCAUCUUCCGCCACGAAGGAACCUGGCAGAGUCACGUGGCAGCACGGCCUUUGUGCCUGGGCUCACGGGUGCUGCACGUCCUUAGCACAGUUCGCGAGUUCUUUUCUCUCACACGGACUUCCCAAGGACCCAAGGCUCCCUGCUGACGGAUCCGCACUUGAGACAGACGUUUCAACAAUAAGACGGUCCUAGAAUUUGUGAGCAAAAGAUUUGAAAUUUUCUCCUGUCAACUUCUUUUGCAUUAGGCUGUGUAUUAAUAGUUAGUUCCAUUAAAAAUUACCUGGAAAGCUACCAUAGAAAGUGGUAAGACUCUGAAAGAGACCACGCCAACAGUACAGAGCUACAGAUCUGCAGAAGGCUAGUUCCACCACCACGCGGCUCCCGGCGCCGCCCCCGCAGAGAGAGCGUUUGGGUCUGAAAUUUAGGGCCUUAGACCUUCAAGGCUAAAGGGAAUUUCCUGCUCAAAUAAUAAUAUUAAUUUAAAUGCUAAAGCCUUCAAUAUUAAAUUAUUGAUUGGUAAGGCCUUGCCCAGGGAUUUUUCCAGUUGAUUGUUUAUUUAAAAAAAGAAAAUCACAACAUUCAGACCAUUCUUAAAAUGGGACAAUCAGCCUCACGCAAAAUUGGUGUGAAUCAAGACUGCCCUCGAGUUGGAGGCGGCGCCACGUGAGGCUUCACGCUGUGCCAUCAGGUUCCUGGCUGCACAGAAACUAAAGCAGAAAGUUGUUACCUUUUUUUAUGAAAGGCUUUUAGUAGAAUUUCUUAGAGUUUUAUUUUAGUCGAGUUUUCUUUCUAUGCAAUGCAGAAUUGACAGACCUCUGUGCUCUCUCUCCCUGGUACACAGUAUUACGUACAGUUUGAAGCAAUGGUGAUGCUUACAGCGGCUGUUUUGGGGAAUGUUAUAUUGAUCUCUUAAAUUAUAAACACUACAAAAUGUCAAAACAAUGAGAACUGACACAACUUUGCCUUAAAGAGUACUAGACUGGAACUCGUCAUAUAUGUUAAGGGAAGACUUGGAGUGUGCAUUGAUGUUUACCAUUUUAAUAUUUCUGAGGGCCGUCACAGUGGCCUGGGUAUGUGCUGAAAGCCAAACUUUUAAAUUUUUUGGUUUUUUAAACAAAGAAAUAUUUUAAAUAAAUCCUGUUUCAACAGUGAAAUUGUUGAAAACUGUCUCAUAACAAAAAAAAAUCCUGUUUAGGUUUUUUUGUUUUAGUGGUCAGUAUUGCGGAAUGAAAGUGUCUGUUGUUACCCUUAUAACUAUUUUGAUAAAUACUAGAGGUUAGCACUAAAUACAACAAAAAAUUAGAACAAAAACCUUGAUUUGAUGUAUGACGUUCAAGUUGAGGUACGUAAGUUCAGACAUUGUGGCUGUGUUCCAGUCAACAAAGGUCUUAGAAAAAUUCCCAGUUGUCUGAAAGUGUGCGUGCAGUGCAACGCCUCCAGCGAGGCCAUUCCAGGCUGAGAAUUGUAAAAGGUCAAUGGGAAACACGGCACACAAAGCAUCCGGCUGCUGAUCUGUGACAUCUUGUCCCAAGUGAAUCCUGUCCUUGGACUUGGUGAUAUUUGCUAGCAGUGUUGUCUCUGGUGAAUUUCUCUCCAAAAGUAACCGAAGUCAGUAAGCCUAAAGAGCAUUUGCAUUUCCUCAGAGGACGUCCUCAGCAGCUGGAAACACAUCAGACGACCCUUUCAAAAGCUAGUCAUUUUCCUGAAAUCGUGGACUCAGUUUCCAAAUGAUGUGGCAACCAGGUGGGUGUGGCAUCAGCCACUUGCUUUGUGCAGUCUGUCAUAUAUUAAAGCUUCUAACCCCAUUUUUAAUCUCCAAGAAUGGGGACAGUAGAGUGUACAGAUCGAAGCAGAAUACAAUGUUGGGAUAAAACAGCUAUUUAAUCUUCUUUUAUUUUUUAAGCAAAACACUCAAUUUUCUACCUUAUUUUCUAAUUUUUAUUUCAUGGCAAUACUGAAAAUUGGGAAUUGUGAAACAUUAAAACUCUCAAUUGCUAAAAAGCACUGAGGAAAUGGGAGCUAGCACUUAGAAUAAAGACAAAAUUAUUUUCUUGAAAGCAGGUAUGUGAUUGAGUAUUAAAAAAAAAAAACCAGCAUCAUCUAUAAUCUCCAAAAGGUUACAGGAGUCGCUUGUUAAUAUAGUAGUUAGUAGGUUCAGUAUUUUAAUUCACUAUUUAGAAUUUAGGUCCUUUAUCGCAAGAAGUCGACGUAGUUAGUUUACACUACACACGGUUUGUGGAGGCGCGGGAGCAGUGGUAGUAACUUAGCCUGACGUCACACAGCUGGUUUCCCGUCUGGGCACAGGCCGACCGAGGCUCACGCACUCCAGUGUUGCUAGUAAGCACUUGCUGAGCGGGCAUUGGGUUGCACCCUCUGCACUCCCGGUCACGUUGUCACUCUUCCUGCUUCCAUGGUGGGUUAUCGGAUGCCUUGCUAGUUUCAUACACUGAUUAACUGAUGGUGUUACAUGUUGAAGAGUCUUAAAGGUCGUAAGGGAAACCGUGUCCCUGGCUCGGCUGGGCCGCCGAGCCCAGAGGAGGGGCCUGUGGCACCUGAGCGGGUGGGCCGUCCUUUCCAAAGUGCAGGUGACUCGCCAAGAAUGAGUCAGGGGACAUGUAAAGCCAUGGGGUUCUGAAGAGGCUCAGUGAUUGAAAAGUCCCGAGGUUCAGAAAGUAUCUUUAAUCAACACUUACAAAACUCCUACUGUGCUGGUUGAGGCCAAAGGUCAACGUUACUACACUGUUAAUGGAGGGAGGGGAGCACGGGUCGUGGGUCCCGGAUGUCGUACCAGCCCCUCACAUGCUCAGUUCUUACAUGCACAAAGACAAGGCUUUGGUACAGAAACUGAAGACCUCGUGUACUCAAGAAUCUUCACAGCUUCUAUUGGACAUAUUUUCUUUUUAGGAAUGAAGGAAAAUUCUCCCAUUUUUGAGCCAUUCUUUUAUGUCAAUUCUACAAAAUUGCAUGUAACUUUAUAAAUAUUUUUAAAAGAUAUAGUUUUGUAAAUAUUUAAUAUUCUGCUAAUUUGAUUUUGAAUUGUAAAUGUCAAGUAUUCUGUUUUUGGGGUUUUUAUGUUUUAUUAUACUUUGUUAAAAAGAAAAAUUGUACAUUUUUAGAAUGUUUUUAUGAGUAAAUUUAAUGUACUUAAAAUAAAAAUUUAAAAAAAAAGCUGUUUCAUUUUAUUAGGUGUUGGUCUCAUAGAAUAUGAAGCACACAUCUUUUCAAAUAAAUUGCACUUCUUGCUC